AUGGCCGUGCCGCCGCUCCGCCGGGCGCUGCUGCUGUGGCAGCUGCUGGCGGCGGGCGGCGCGGCGCUGGAGAUCGGCCGCUUCGAUCCGGAGCGCGGGCGCGGGCCGGCGCCGUGCCAGGUGGUGGAGAUCCCCAUGUGCCGCGGCAUCGGCUACAACCUGACCCGCAUGCCCAACAUGCUGGGCCACACGUCGCAGGGCGAGGCGGCCGCCGAGCUGGCCGAGUUCGCGCCGCUAGUGCAGUACGGCUGCCACAGCCACCUGCGCUUCUUCCUGUGCUCGCUCUACGCGCCCAUGUGCACCGACCAGGUCUCGACGCCCAUCCCCGCCUGCCGGCCCAUGUGCGAGCAGGCGCGCCUGCGCUGCGCGCCCAUCAUGGAGCAGUUUAACUUCGGCUGGCCGGACUCGCUCGACUGCGCCCGGUUGCCCACGCGCAACGACCCGCACGCGCUCUGCAUGGAGGCGCCCGAGAACGCCACGGCUGGCCCCGCUGAGCCCCACAAGGGCCUGGGGAUGCUGCCUGUGGCGCCGCGGCCCGCGCGGCCCCCUGGCGACGCAGCCCCGGGCCCGGGCGCAGGAGGCACCUGCGAGAACCCAGAGAAGUUCCAGUACGUGGAGAAGAGCCGCUCGUGUGCGCCGCGCUGCGGGCCGGGCGUCGAGGUGUUCUGGUCACGGCGCGACAAGGACUUCGCGCUGGUUUGGAUGGCCGUGUGGUCGGCGCUGUGCUUCUUCUCCACGGCCUUCACCGUGCUCACCUUCCUGCUGGAACCUCACCGCUUCCAGUACCCGGAGCGCCCCAUCAUCUUCCUCUCCAUGUGCUACAACGUCUACUCUCUCGCCUUCCUCAUCCGCACAGUGGCGGGCGCCCAGAGCGUGUCCUGCGACCAGGAGGCCGGAGCGCUCUACGUGAUUCAGGAAGGCUUGGAGAACACGGGCUGCACCCUGGUCUUCCUGCUGCUCUAUUACUUUGGCAUGGCCAGCUCGCUGUGGUGGGUGGUCCUGACGCUCACCUGGUUCCUGGCAGCUGGCAAGAAAUGGGGCCAUGAAGCCAUUGAGGCCCAUGGCAGCUACUUCCACAUGGCUGCCUGGGGCCUGCCGGCCCUCAAGACCAUCAUUGUCCUCACGCUGCGCAAGGUGGCUGGGGAUGAGCUGACAGGGCUCUGCUACGUCGCCAGCAUGGAUGCAGCAGCGCUCACGGGCUUCGUGCUGGUGCCCCUGUCCUGCUACCUGGUGCUAGGCACCAGCUUCCUCCUGACCGGCUUCGUGGCCCUCUUCCACAUCCGCAAGAUCAUGAAGACCGGCGGCACCAACACGGAGAAGCUGGAGAAGCUCAUGGUCAAGAUCGGGGUCUUCUCCAUCCUCUACACGGUGCCUGCCACCUGCGUCAUCGUCUGCUAUGUCUAUGAACGCCUCAACCUGGACUUCUGGCGCCUCAGGGCCACAGAGCAGCCAUGCUCGGCAGCUGCUGCCCCCGGAGGCCGGAGGGACUGCUCUCUGCCAGGGGGCUCAGUGCCUACCGUAGCUGUCUUUAUGCUCAAAAUCUUCAUGUCACUGGUGGUAGGCAUCACCAGCGGUGUGUGGGUAUGGAGCUCUAAGACUUUCCAGACCUGGCAGAGCCUGUGCCACCGCAAGAUGGCAGCUGGCCGGGCCCGAGCCAAGGCCUGUCGGGCCUCUGGGGGCUAUGGCCGUGGCACCCACUGCCACUAUAAGACCCCUACUGUGGUCUUGCACAUGACUAAGACGGACCCCUCUCUGGAGAACCCCACACACCUCUAGUGACAGAGGCCUGGCUCUGGGUAGUGGCUGCCCCUUCUUUGCCCUCCCCUCCCCCCAAGAGACAGCUGACUAGCAGCUGCCCAGCUGUCAAGGUCAGGCAAGUGAAUGCCAGGGGGCUGAGGACCAGGGUGGGGACCCAGAGAGACUCACAUCCCUCUCCCCGGCUAGUGCAUGGGGAGGGGGGAUAGGCCUGUUUGAGUCCCGGAAGGUGUGAGGAGAGGAGGGGGCAGAAGAGAGCGUGGUUUAGCAGGCGCUUAUUUAAUGAUGUAAUUUAUUGUUGAGUUCCUCUGGAAGCUGUGACUGGAAUAAACCCCGGUGUGGCACUGCUGAGUCCUCUCUGGGCUGGGAAGGGGAAGGUAGGACAAGGGUCUGCAGGGCUCCCUGAGAGCAGAGCUGGAGGGGUGUCGCGCUCAUUCUCUGGCUCCCCUCCAAUCAAGACUAAGUUCCCCCACGGCACAGCUGUUUUGCAGAAGUGUGUGUGUGUGCACGUGUGUACCUGUGUGCGCGCGCACAAGCCUCUUUCUGAGGCCUGAGUGCCGUGCCUCCAAAGUGGGGCUGGGAUGCCUGCCAGGAUGCUUAGAGAAUCCCCGGGAGGACACGAGGCCCUCUGGCUCGGGGGUGUCCAGCCGCUCGGGGCUGUGGUUGUCUUCCCUUCCUCACCCUUUGUUUUCCUCAUUAGUGGACAAGGUGGGGAUUGAGCCUCCUCCACCUUGUCUCAACGGGUCCCCUUCCCAGGCCUGAGGCUGGAGGAUGACCAUCCUCAUUGCCUCUGAGGGAUACUGGCCUGUUCAACUCCUUCUUUGGGGCGCUGGUCAAGGCAUCCCCAUAUCCGGCCCCCCCUUGUCUCUGGGAGGGGCACGUGGGCCCAGCUUAGCAACGGCUUCUUGGUGGUGUGGAUGUGGGCCCAGAGAUGGAAACCCUUGAGCUUAGUAGCGAUUGGCAGCAAGCUCCACACUGGUAGCUUGCACACUUGUGUUGGGAGGUAGGCAGAGGCACUGUGUGUGCUGGGGCAGCUCAGGGCCCUGGGACCUGCCUCCUCUGUCCCGUGUGAUGUAGCUGUGUAGGCCACCUGAGACCUUUCAGCUUGUGGUCAAACACCAUAUUGACCUGGGACACUCACUCCAGCCAGAUAAAGGCACUGGUCACCGUCCCGGGGCCUGUACUACCUGUAGCCAGCAUUCGGUAUCAGUGCCAGGAGACCCUCAGGGCCCAGGCUGGGGCAGGUGCCCCCAUUGCUUUCUACAGUAGGAGGGCAGAGCCCCCGAGGCAGGGCCUCUCAGGCUUGAGCUUUGCCCAGCACCAGCUACCAGUGCACAGGGACCAGAGAAGUCUGAUGAGAAUCACCCAGGUUGGGUCAAGGUCCCAAGCAGGUCCCUCAUGGGUUGAGUUGGGGUCAGGCUCAUCCUUCAGCACAAGGGUCCCCAGGGGCAUGUACAGGAAUGUCCUUGUCCUUCUCUUCCCACAGCACAAAAUAAGUCUGUGCCUUUGACCAACAAUGCUAAGGGACCUUAAUUCCUUCUAACUGGGUGAGAAACAGAAUGAAGAGAGGUAAUAAGGAGCCCAUUAUGGGAGUGAUGGCAGUGACCGCACUGAGUGGGCUCCCGGGCAGUCUGCAGGGAGUGUGGGGUGCUGAGGGUGUGCCAUUGGG